ACUCAGCUCGGGAGCAAUAAUACUCCACCCGUCUGUCGUGAGAGAAACAUAUCUGACUGCAACUCUCUUCAGGAAACUAUAAUACUUUGUCGUAUUUCGCAAUAUUCAAGGCAUAACGUAGCACUGUCGACAGUCAGACAUCAAUAAUAACAAUCUACAGUAGCGUUGGGAGAUAAUUUCACAACCAUUUCUUUCGUAAAACAUUGAUAAUAAUCUUGUGAUACACAUAAUACUUCGCGGUAUUGUAUCACGCUUCUACGCAACGUUCUAAUGCAGAGCAAUUUAUAGUUUGAUAUAUUAUCUUCAACACCUUUGGACACAUCUCGAAUUCACGAUGGGCUGUAACAGUUCAAAGUCAACUCAAGUCAUGGAGCUUGGUCCCGAUGGCGAGGUCGUCAGCCGCAAAUCAUCGGCAUCAUCGUCGAAACGGGGCAAGAGUGCCGGCAAGAACGUCCGCGAUGUCGACGACAACUCAAACGAUGUCCAAGUUCUGAAGGAGAAUAUGGGAUCGACAGGCUCGCUGGGAAGUCAAAUGAUGGAUAAUAAAUCACAAGAUCGACUUGUGUCGUCGGCGACCAGCAAGAUCUCGAGAAGGACCUUCGACAGCGGACUGGAGUCCGACUACGGCAAUGUCAUCACAGAAUACUCACACCCAAACAUGAUCGAUGACCGACCAGAAACACCAGAGCUGUUUAUUUCUGGGAUGAAGUGCGAAUCUCGCAAGAGCAGCGGCAUCAACAAGGCACGCAACGCUCAGACCACGGAGCAGAUCUUGGGUGAACUCAAGUCCCAGGGCAUCAUCAGCACCUCGGCCACAGCCCCACAGAUCGCACCCAAGAAGGGUGGCACCUCCUUCGAGGUCAUGAUCGCGAUCGACUUCGAUGAGCUGAAGAAACCUCCUCCUAGGCUCGCCAAGCUCAAGAAGAAGAAGAAGAAGUCGAAGAAGUUGACCAAAGAGGAGGUCGACGCUAAACUGAAGGCCGCUGAGGAAAGGCGGGAAGCCAAACGCAGCAAGCUCCGCGCUAAGCUGGACAAUGAAGAAGGAGACCAGGUGCACCAGGUCAGCGAGGCACAGGAGGAAGCACAGAAGAAGCUGGUGGCUGAGAAGGUCAAUGAAAGUCUAGACCAGGCUGCCAAGAACCGUGAGGCUCACUUCAAGGCGAUGAAGGAGAAGCUGGAGCAGAAGAAGCUCCACGCGGAGAAGGUCAGGCAAGCCAAGCUGGCCAGGAUGGCCGAGAAGGCACAGUCUGGUGAAGGAGGUGAGGCCGAGGGGCAGAACAAUGAAGGAGAUGUGUCUGCUGUUUGAAAGAACGAACAAUCAGCAGACAUCGAUCCCUCGAUGGGAUUCGAACCUCAUAAACGAUGCAUCUGCAGUCGGGUCAGAGAGGUGGGUUUAUUGCAAUAAAAACGCUGCCAAUUCUAUGCCACUGGUUUGGUGACUGAAUUCCAUUUGCUCUCAUCUGCCUCUCGGAAGAGGCAUCCGUCUAGGCUCGGCCAAAGACCACUACGUUGACAGCUUAAGAACCAUGUCUGUAUUCGUGAAUAGGAAUAUUCCAUUACUUUAACAGCACAGAUUAUUAUGUCAUUGAUAUUGAAUGUGUGUCUUUAAGUUGAAGAUAAAGAAUGAUCUCAUGAUUGUGAUGUCAUACUGUCUCAGUCGGAAAAUAGUAAUUACUAAUUGCCAACAAGUUGAAGGUGCUACGGCCACAUUCAUUACUUUUUCUCGAGCGAUGAGAUUAAUAGAUAAUGAUAUUUUGACAGUUCAUAUUCCGUCCUUGAUUGUAUACAAUGUAGUUCAGGUAUUACGAAUAUCAAAAUGCUUUUCCAGAUAAAUCCGUCCAUUUUCUGGUAGAAUAUUUUUCAACGGUAAGAACAGACUUACAUUUUUUUGGAGCAGGGCUCUAAAAUAUAAUUGUUUAUGGCACUGGAUGUCAAUAUUUUAAUGAAUGAUUUAUAUUUGUUUUUGUUCUUCAAAUGGUUUCUAAAUAUUUAGGUGCCACUCCUGGCGAGUUUGCAUGAGUUUAAAAAGCAAAAGGUUUAACAUGACUUUCUACAAACUUUAAUCUUCCUUCGAAAAAUUCAAUUGCACGCUCGAUCUUCCUUCAUCAGGAUAAAGUCGAUUGCUUUUAUCAAAUCGAACCAAAUACACAUUUUACAGCUUUCAUAAAUCGGCGUUACUUGACAGUCAAAUUAGAUAUCAUAUCUCAAAAUGAUACUUUUGUCAAUUGAUUCUGCCAGUGUACAUGUAGAUGAUUGUAUUGACUACAUUCUACAAGUUUUUUGUUUACGCAUUGCCAUUACAUUAUCGUGUUAUCUAGAGCUUCGGUCAUUUUACUUGUUUUGGAAAUGUAUACUAUUUAUAUUUGUCGUAUGAUGCAAUAUGCUGUUUUGAAAAUAUAUUCACGAUGUGAAUAAAAGAAAAUAAAACACAAUA